AUGGCUCCUCAACCACCAGGCCUCAAGAAGCCUUCCGCUCGCACCCUCCGCCACCAGCGCGUAACAGGCCAAAUCCACCCUCUCACACCCGCAAAGGUCUUCCGCGACGACGCCGCCGUGACCGACUCCUUCCUGUCCAGCAAGCGCGACAAGCGCCUCAUCAAGCACUCGUCCUUCGUUUCGCGCAUCGCCGAUUCCUCACGCAUCUCAAAGUCCACCAAGCGCCGCCGCCCCUCCAAAAAGCUCGCCACCACGCUCGACAGCCUUGCAGAUGCGCUGCCCGAGCUGGAGGAGGCUGAUGCCGCGCAGCAGGGAAAGAUUCGCCACAACAGUUUGAAGAGCAAGAGGGGUGCGCUCAAGAGGAAGGAGAGGGUUGUUAAGGGUGAGAUGGAGAGGUUUGGGGUUAGUAUGGCGCAGUUGACGGCGCAGGAUGGUGCGAAGACGGCGGUUGUUAAGGACGAUGAUGAGGGUAUGGUUGGGGCGGAUAAGACUGCUCCUCCUGCGGCGACUGCGAACCGAUGGGCUGCGUUGAGAGGGUAUAUCUCUUCGACGAUGGAGCAGAACCCUGCAUUUACGGCAAAGGACUGA